ACUCACUCUAAUGGUUAUUAUCUAUGAUUGCAAACCAUGGUGGAGUCGGUAUUGAACGAGUUUUCAUCAAUGUCGUCAAAAGGAACCAAUCAGAAAUACUGUACUUUUUGGAAAGAUCCACGGAUCAGUCACAUGACAGCUUAAUUUUUUUUAAGAGACUUUGCGUAUCAAUCAGCUGGCUGGCUUCUAUUUGAUAUACCACAUACACCGCAAUGCCCACCGCAAUAAUCAACUCUGGUGAUCAAAUUCUCUUUGUGGCUCCCAGCACCACCGAUCAACAGCACUUGUUGGACGCAAAGUCGGCAUUCCAAUCUCAAGUUGGAUCGGACGGCAAUGUCGCAUUCGAGGCUAUGGAACGAGUUCCUGAAGCCCCUCUCCAAAACGGUACCUACAAUUCUAUACACUCCAACUUGGUUUUCCCGUCAGUAUCAUCCCACACCGCCCAAGCUCUUUCACAGUACUUGAAAGCUCUCAAGCCAGGAGGCUCCCUUUACCUUGUUGAGCCUGUUGUUAUUGCCGACCUCAGUAAUACGUCAUGUCCCAUUACCCGCAAAGAAUCCGAUAUCGUGUCAAUGCUCAAGCUCGCCGGUUUUGUUGAUGUUACCGUUGAAUCUUCGACCGCAGUAUCAGACGAAUCCCUUAUUGAUUUCUUCCACGCCUGGGGUGUUACCAAGAGAGUAGAUCAGGCUGUUUCUAGACUUUCAGGAAAGUUUGGAACGGUACAAAUUGUUGCCAAAAAGCCCGCUUAUGAAGUUGGAAAGAAGUUUGCUCUUAAUUUCAAGAAGAAGCCAGUCAAGGUGGAGGAACAAAAGAAGGUGUGGACCAUUGCUGCUGAUGAUGAUGAUGAUGCGGAAUUGGAGGAUGAAGACCUACUUUUGGAUGAAGAAGAUAAGAUUAAACCUAGCAAAGAAGCUUUGACUCGCCCAGAUGAUUGUGAAAUGACAGACGGUCGCCGUAAAGCAUGUAAAAAUUGUACUUGCGGUCGAGCUGAUAUGAUGGACGAUGAGGAAGAAUCUAACAACGUGGUUACCUUGGAUCUGAUGGACGAAACUGCCGACGAUGAAAUCGUUGAGGUGGACCCAACACCAAAGAAGGUCGGUGGUUGUGGCAGCUGCGCGUUGGGUGAUGCUUUCCGUUGCUCUACGUGUCCUUAUCUUGGUAUGCCUGCUUUCCAAGAAGGAGAGCGUGUUACCAUUAAUGCCGGAAUGUUCGCUAGUGAUGAUAUUGAUAUUUAGACACCACCUCGUACGCCUUUUGAUUCUUUCCUUAUAAAAUGAACGAAUAAUGCCAUAUUUUUUUUAAUGUAAA